AUGUUAAUCAGUUUUUAUUUCACAGACAAGCUAAAAAAAGGGUGGACAUCACCGGUUUAUGCGUUCUACAAGCCAAUACCGAGCAUUGAAUAUAUUGGCGGGCGGCGCUCCCAUGUAUUCCAGUGCAUGGGGAAGGGUUGCAAACAGCGCGUUCGGCGCUACCUCGACAAGGGUGAUGCGAAGUCGACGAGCAACAUGGCCAAGCACGCCAAGAGCUGCUGGGGGCCAGAGGCAUAUGAUGCCGCACAAGAGACUAAAUCAGCAGCAGCAGCACGUGAAGGCGUCAUCAAAAACUUACUGAAAUCCGGCACUAUCACGUUAACAUCUAAGGGUAAAGUGACCUAUUCACAUAGGCAACACACAAAGACUGAAACCAAGGCAGAGAUCGUGCAUUGGGUCUUGGAAAGCCUACAACCAUUUGAGACUGUCAGCGACCGAGGAUUUCAGUCGUUGAUGAAGACGGGGCGUCCUGAAUACUACCUACCUUCACCUUCCACGGUGUCACGCGACGUGAAACUUGUAUUCGUGAAUGUUCGACAACGAAGCAAAUGA